AUAUUAAGUAUUACUACAGAUAAUGCCUCUAAUAUGAAUUUUAUGUUUACUAAUUUAGAAGAAAAAUAUUUUAAUGAAAAUUUAGAAUUUAGUUCUUCAAAUCAAUGUGUAUAUUGUCUUGCUUAUAUAAUUAAUUUAGCAGUUCAAGAAAUUCUUAAAAUAUUAUAUAAUAAUAAUUUUGAUGAAAUUAAUGAAUAUGAAGAAUAUAGUGAUGAUAAUGAAGAAAUUAAUACUUUAGGAGCUUUUGGAAAAUUAAAAAAACUAAUAAUCAAGAUUCGUAAAUCUCCGCAAAAACGUGAACGUCUUAGUUGA